AUGCCAAAGGACGAUCCAGAAACUGCGGCCCUUAAAAAAGAAUUGGCGGAUCUCAUAGCUAAAGCUAAGGCUGAACAAGAAAAAGUCGCAGAUGCAAAACUUGCUGAAAAAUGUGGUGACAUGAGCGAUAUACCUAAGAUUCGUCUCAUCACUAAGAAAACCCUAAAAGGUCACAUUAAUAAAGUUAAUUCUGUCCACUACAGUGGGGAUUCAAGGCACUGUGUAACAGGCUCCCUUGAUGGAAAGUUAAUUAUCUGGGACACGUGGAGUGGCAACAAAGUGCAGGUGAUACCGCUGCGCUCGGCGUGGGUUAUGAGCGUCGCUUUUGCACCCUCUGGAAACUUUGUCGCUUGCGGUGGAAUGGAUAACAUGUGUACCGUAUACGAUGUGAACAACCGUGAUGCUACGGGCUCUGCCAAAAUGGUGCGCGAACUUGCUGGCUACGAGGGUUUCCUAAGUAGCUGCCGGUUCCUUGACGACACUCAUAUCCUCACUGGCUCUGGAGAUAUGAAAAUAUGCGUCUGGGACUUGGAAGUAGGUAAAAGGGAGGUGGAAUUCGACGCUCACGCCGGGGACGUGGUCACUAUUUCGUUGUCACCAGAUAUGAAAACUUAUGUAACUGGAUCGGUUGAUAGAACUUGUAAACUCUGGGACGUGCGUGCGGAAAAGGCAAAGCAAACCUUUUUUGGGCAUGAAGCUGACGUGAACAGUGUUUGUUAUCAUCCUAGCGGACAAGCAUUCGCUACUGCGUCAGAGGAUAAAACGGCUCGUUUGUUCGACAUCCGUAGCGACCAGCAACUCGGCCAUUACACACCCCCUGGCUCUAGCGGUUUUACAAGCUGUGGUCUGUCCGUUAGCGGGCGGUAUCUGCUUGCUGGUUCGGAUGACAAUACUGUGCAUUCUUGGGACACUAUGAAAGUCGCUCAUACGGGUACGUUGAAUGGACAUGAGAAUAGAGUGACAUCAAUUUCUCUAGCGCCUAGCGGCAUAGCACUUGCUAGCUGCUCCUGGGACCAGAGUGUACGAGUUUGGGGC